AACUUUAUGCUCAUUGCCCGGAGCUCGGAUUGGGAGCAAACGAGUUGGCUACUAUACCGGAUCGAAGGUCCUCUGGUAUUUUUGGCGUCAUUACAAUCAUACUGAUUUAGGCUUUUACAUACUGUUACAGUAGCUCGUAACUUCGCUUCCCUCACAUCUGCUCUAGAUCGCCCCUUGAUAAUGUUGCUUAGGUUCCUUUGGCUGUUAGUGAAUUUGGGUCUUUCUCUCGCCUCGCAUGGACUCGGUGACGCUGGCGACAGUUUCAAUACUGCAGGGGCCCAUGGCAGUUUGAAAGUGGGAGAAGCUCUACCUGAACACAUAGACCCGAAUGGCUAUGUUCUCUAUUGUCCCUGCAUGGGUCGCUUUGGCAACCAGGCCGAGCAGCUGUUGGGCACGCUGGCAUUUGUCAAGGACCUGAACCGCACGUACGUGGUGCCACCGUUUGUCGUCUAUCCGCCGGAGGGACGCUUUCCGUCUGAGAGACGGAAGUUCACUGAAUUGUUCUCCCUCAAAGGGCUGAAGAAAGUGCACCGUGCAAUAACCAUGGAGGAGUUCUUCAGGACGGUUGCGCCGGUCGUGUGGCCGAAGGGAUCUCGUAUUGGCCACUGCAGAAGUUUUCCAGGCAACAAGGGGACGUGCAAUCACAAGAACGGCAAUCCCUUCGGCCCGUUCUGGGACCAUUUUGGCGUCGAGUUCGACUCCUAUGACCCCUAUGAUCAUCUACCGUACGGCGCUUCGUCGCCAACAGAUAAAGCAAUGUGGGAUGAACGAUUUCCCGCUGAUCAAGUCCCAGUCAUUGCCUUGCCUGGCGCUGUUGGCUCUUUCCCCAUGUUGCCAGAGUACUGGCCACUGCAGAAGGUCUUCCAGUGGUCCUCGACAGUAACGGCCAAGGUGAAGAAGUUCCUCAAGGACGCGCUGAAGGACAAGCCCUUCGUUGGCAUUCACCUGCGAAACGGAGCUGACUGGUCGAAUGCCUGCGCGCAUGUGAAGACCGAGCAGCGUCACAGCUACAUGGCAUCACUGCAGUGCACGCAUGAGACCACACGCCAGGUCACCUGGGAGAUGUGCCUGCCCAAAGUGAGCACAGUGCUGAAGGAUGUCAAGAAGGCCCUGAAAAAGACCAAGGCAAAGUAUCUGUUCGUGGCCACUGACAGUGAUCCCAUGCUGGAGGAAUUCAACAAGCAUCUGAAGUCACUCAAGGUCACCGUGGUUACGUACGAGCCCAGCAACCUUCACAUGGAGCUGGCAAUCCUGCAGCGUGCUGAGCACUUCGUUGGCAAUUGCGUCUCGUCGGUGUCAUCGUUCGUGACACGUCACCGGCUGCUGAGCAAGAAACCGACCUCGUUCUUCGGCGUGAGCUAAUUGAGGUGAAGAUUCAGAGUUAUAUCCUUUCCUCUUUCCCAGUACUGAUCGGAUUGGUCCUGAGUGCAUCGCGUGAAGCUACUUCAGUAUGAACAGCCAAUCAAGACGGAUACUACGGUGGCUGUUACCCAUGCUAUCAAGAGUGCAUAAAUUUUUGUUUAUGAUGGACUCUUGAUGCUAUGCUGUUGGUGAAGGCCCGUGUUGCGCACGACACGGUGUCACUCGUAUGUGCAUCACGCAACGUGAUGAAAUGAACAUGCCCAUAUUAUGAUUCUCUCCAGCAGAUGCUUCAAGUAAGAUACAGCUUUCUUGCUCUCAGCAUGUGGCAUAGCAGCUGGCCAAACGAUGAGAUAUCAGCAACUCAAACACUGCACAUUUCUUCCAAGAACAAUAGGCCAAAGUAACCCCUAGCUAAACUGCAAUGGGAUGGCAGCAAAACCUGCUGAAAAAGUAUUUGAAUUUAGAAAUGAGGAUAUAAAAAUUCGCUAUUAAGCUGAGAUUUUGUAUGGCUCUUGUUAUAGCAUUCAUGAGAAUUAUUAUGGGUUUCGUUCGGGCACAUUGUCAGACCUGCAGUCAAUGUAACGCAUCAUCUGAUUUCACCGUUGUGUUAUAAAUGCCAUGAUAAAACACACGGACUUCCUAUACAUGUCCAUGUGCAUGUCCUUUGAAGUAAAUCAGUUCAUGUUUGUGCUA